CUGGUGACUCUAAAUUGCCGGUGAAUGCUUAUUAAUUAACUCUUUGACCUCAUGUUUGACAUGAUGUUUCAAACAAUUCAUAUUUCAGGUCUCUGUGGAAGCUGGACCUGUGUACAACCAUUCUUCCUCAGAUUGACAAACUGCUGCAGAGUAAAUAUGAGAGCUACAUGCAGACCGGCUGCACGUCUCUGAAGCUGGUCAUGAAACACUUCUGGAUGCUGAUCUCCGACACGCUGAAGGCGACGCCGUCUGUGGGAGUCGACAUCACACGAGAAGAGCGACACCAGAAGUGCCGAGCGUGCUGCAGGCAGCUGAAGAACCUGAGCAACGUGGUGAAGAACAAAGCGGCGCAGGUCGGUCGUCACGGCAGCGCCUUCAAAGAGCUGCAGCUGCUCAUGGCGCCGCUCGACGACGCUCUCUGAGAGUGACUGAACUCAACCCUCCGUUUUCCCAGACUACGGAUCUGACUGAGAUAACAAGGAGUCAGCUGACACUUCAGGAGCUCAUCAACAGCUUCACCUGGUUGAACAUUUCUGCACUUUGAGUCUCAACGUGGUCCUGGGACACCGACCCUCCAGAAGCCUCUGUCACGCCCGGUGUAGGGAGAAGAACUAUGUGGAUGAAAAGUGUUAUUUCAUCCUCUUCAACUCAAAGGAACACACCGACAGUUUGAGCUAUAUCUCGCUCACAAUCAGAGACGAAGACGAGCUGCAGUUUGAUGAGCAGCCUGCAGGCUACAGUCUGAAUCUCUCUGACCGUAGAGCAGACACUUCUCCACAGAGUCGGCAUCUCCUACAGGUUGAAGAGCUCCAAACACAAAGGCAUCAUGAACACCUGAGCUCCCAACAAGCUGAUAGAGCUCAGUGUCAGUCAGCUCUCCUCCCUGAGAAAAAUGACAAUCAGAAACAUUUGAGUGUGAACAACAUUUAUUCCUGAAAAAAAUCCAAAUUUAAUCGAAAUAAAUUUUCCUACAAUAAUUGAUCGAUACAAAACUUUUCUGAGGUGUCUGUCCGGUCAACAGAAGUUACAGCCAGCUGUCGGUUAGCUUAGCCUAGCAUUAUGACUGGAAACGGGAAUAUCUAGUGGACCAAAAUCUGUCUUUACCCCCGCACAUUUCACUAAUGAACACAUUCCGUUGUUGAACACUAGUGUCAUCAUCGCGAGGUCAUUCAGACUUCAGCUCACAGCUUUGAAAUAGAUCGACACACAGAAUCACUGAACGUGGAUUUGUUGUUUUUACACUUUGAGCUCUAACAAUCAGAUCACUUUGUUCCACCUGAUGUGGAUUUGUUUGUUUUUUUACACGGACUGUCUGAGAUGACGUUGUGGUUCUCAGGUUCUGAAGAUAAUCGACCGACUUUCAUAACAAACUGAGAAGUUCACCUGAGGGGAGAACCGAACAGAACCACGUUCAUAAACACUGAAGAUGUUCAAAUGUUUUCACGGUCCUUUUCUACUUUCUCGACUUUUCUCACUGUUAGAGCCACUCUUGACUGUUUUAAAUGUACAGUUGUGUUUAUUUAAAUAAAGUGUUCAUGUUGGGAA